UUCAGAACAAGGGGUUGUAAAACAAGGAAUCUCCUGUGUAGACUGGAGUCUUUACCCAUUGUUCCACACUCUACCUUGGAUUAUUUUUGCUGUUGAUUGGGGACUUUUGGAUGGCACUAGUCUGGGUGAAAGGGUUUGCCAGCUUUGGGCAAGGUUUAGGUGGUGUGUAUCCGGGACAGGAGUGAAGACAGGGAGAAGAAGGAGGGAGGAUAGUCAUUUUUCUUCAUCCUUCUUUUCUGCAGACUGCAGGCAUUUCCCUGAGAGAAUGGGGGCAGGAGCGCUCACCAUCUGUCACAACAAGGCUGCGGUACAGAUCAAGCAAGACAUGAAGAAGAUGGUCCAGUUGCCCAUGCUGAGGGGGACCUCCAGGGGACCUCGAGGAGUGGAGGCCAGUGGCGGUAGGCUGUUCGGCGUGUCCCUGCUGGAGCUCAGGGAGCUGGGCCUCGUGAAGGAUGGCGUGCCCCUGGUGGUGCGGAGCAUGGUAGAGUUCCUCCGAGAACAUGCUCUUCAUCAUGAGGGUCUGUUCAGGGUCAACGGUAAUGUACGGGCGGUGGAGGGGCUGAAACAGCGGCUGGAGAACGGUGAGGACGUGGACUUCCUGGUUGAGGCGGAUGUGUGUACAGUGGCCAGCUUGUUCAAACAGUACCUCAGGGACCUGCCAGAAGGCCUGGUAGACUCCACCGUACAGCCUGCCCUUAUAAAGCAGCACCAGGAGUCCAGUGAGGAGGGUUUCUGCUCAGACCUGAGGGUCUUACUCCACCAGUUGCCAGAUGUCCACUACAGCCUCCUACAGUACCUCUGUCUCUUCCUCACCCAGGUGGACCAGCGCCAAAGGGAGAACCUCAUGACCGCUCUCAAUCUGGCAACUGUCUUCGGCCCCAAUGUCUUCCAUGUGUCCUCAGGGUUCGAUGGGAUCCAGGAGCAGAACAUCUGUAAUAAGAUCAUGGCAAAGCUGAUCCAGAACUACAGCAGCAUAUUCAACAACAACCACCAAGAUGACGACCAUAAAGAAGAGCACUGUGUCUUCAAUAGAGAUGGAGACAGAGGAGAAUACAUACAGGAAUCUCUACCCUCUAACAUCAUCAUUGUUAAAGAGGCCAAGGAGACCCCGGUGAAUAGGACAGAUACUGAGUCACUGAAAACACUCGGAACCACACCAGUCACUCCCACGCACACUCAAAAGACACCAAAAAAGACACCUAUUCCAGUUCCCAGAAAGAAAAAGGCUGCAUCCAGCAGUCCACCAGAUGACACGAAGUCAUCAAAAGAACUAUCCAAUGACAAUCCAAUCAUAACUCCAAGGAAAAAGAAGGUGAGGAAAGUAAAGCACGAGACAGCGACAGUGCUCCGAGCCGUGCCCCUUCCCAGUCUCUCUCCUGGCCUGCCCUAUGUGAGGCCCCUGGUCCUACCCGUUCCCCUGGCUCCGGAGGUGAGGAGCCCCAGCUCUGAGAGAAUGGAGCUGACCCCACCGGGGGCCCCACAGGAACCUCAGGGACCAGCCACGGACGCCUGGGACGUCAGCGCGGUCAAGACCACGGAGGUCCUGAACAGCUCCCAAGAGGAAGACAGCAGACCCAUAUCUCCUUUCUACAUAAGCAACCACCUCUCAUCUGUCCGGUGUAGAUCUGACCUGACUAAUGUUCUGGAGAGGACCAUCAGGUCGGCAGUGGAGCAGCAUCUCUUCGAUGUGCACAUGUGCGGAGGAGGUCAAAGUACGACGGAGGAUUCCGAGUGGACCGGUUGCUCCUCGUCGCCCGUGGUAACCCCGACGGCACGGCAGAGACGUCGGCACCAGAGGGAGCAGGAAGAGGCUCAGAGACAUCGGGACAGGAGCAGAUCCUCGUCUCUGGGGGAAGGAGACAUCAACAAGGAGAACAUCCCAGCGGCCGGCAGCGUUAGCAGAACUAUCAGCUGUGGCAUCAGCGUGGGUGAGGAAGGAGUCAGGAGGGACUACCAGACUAGCCAGGGAGGGGUCCACCACGAGGGCCCCAGACCCAGGAAGCCUAAACACUGCCACCAGAGCCCCACGCUUGGCCAGCUUAGUGACAACCAGGACCCCCACGCGCUAAAAGAAUGCAUAUCAAGAGUACAUGACGAAGCCGGGACAAACAACAUGGAGUCAUCAGACAACCGAAAUGACAGUCAAAGAAAGGACCCCAGUCUUCUGACUCCUUCAUGGACACGACUCAGUAGUAUGAAGAUCCAGGAGCUGCCUAGUAGCUGUGAAACGGCUGACAGGAGGGGGGUCAUCGGCCGGAGUUCGGACCAGGAAUGUGGCGAGGACGUACCCCGCUUGGACCUGUCGGCGCUGACUGACGAUAACAACUGGGGAGAUUCCCCAUUCUUUAGCGCCCCUUUCCUUGAUUUCAAAAGUGUUUUCCAGUCGAGUUAUUAUGAGGAGCCAGUCCCGGCCUACUCGUCGUGGCAACGGGAGAGCAUGGACAGCGAGGAGGCGUGCAUUUCGCCCCAAGUGGGGGGCCGCCUGAUUCGCCAGCUGAUUGAAGAGGACAGCGACCCCAUGCUGUCCCCCCGUUUCCACGCCUAUGGUCAUUGUCAGCAGUACAUAGAUGACACCGAGGUGCCACCCUCGCCGCCCAAUACACACUCCUUUGCCAGUCGGAGGAGGAGUUCCUCUCUGGGCUCCUGCGGUGACGACGACCAGCAAGAGCUGACCUCAGCCCAGCUCUCCAAGAAGAUCCACGGUCUCAAGAGGAAGAUCCACAAGUACGAGGAGAAGUUUGAGGAGGAGCGCAAAUACAGGCCCUCACACAGUGACAAGGCUGACAACCCAGAGGUCCUGAAGUGGAUGAAUGAACUGGCCAAGCUCCGCAAAGACCUGAAAGAGCACAAGCUCCACAAGUCUGAGGAGGACCUCCCUCCGCUGACCCGCCAGCGCAGCAACACCCUGCCCAAGAGCUUUGGCUCCCAGCUGGAGAAGAAGCCCCAACAGGAGAAGGCACCCAAGCCCCCGGUAGAGAACACCCUGGAGGGCGUCCAGAACAAGCUGCAGGAGAAGAGGGACGAGGUGGGGCGGCCCGAGGACGUCAAGGAUAUGACUCGGGAGCAGAUUGGCGCUGAGAAGGUGGCCUUACAGAAGGCUCUCCUGUACUACGAAGGCAUCCACGGUAGACCAGUUACCAAGACUGAGAGACAGAUCAUGAAGCCCCUGUACGACAGAUACCGCCUGGUCAAACAGGUCCUCUGCAGAGCUUCCACCAUCCCCGUCAUUGCCUCCCCCUCCAGCAAACGCAGAGGUCCUGUACUUCAGCCCAUUAUCGAGGGCGAAGCCGCGCUCUUCUUUGACGACAUCAAGGAGGAGGAGGAUGGCUCUGAGGAUGACUCUGAGUCCAACAACAAGCCCCAGAUCACAGGGACAGUGCGUCCAGACUUCAGUAUGCUGGGCUUCCUGGACCAGCUGGAGGAGGAGACGGACGGCUUCAUCUCGCCCGUCGACGAGCUCUCGCCCUCCAAGAACACCACCGACAUGCGUCUGUCCAACCUGCAUUCGGCCACCAUGCCGGAACUAGUGGAGCAGCUACAAGACGCCCGGGAGGAGAAAAAGAGAAUCCGCAAGAACCUAAGAGAGUUUGAAGAUCAAUUCUUCAGGCAAAACGGCAGAAACGUGCAGAAGGAAGACCGCUCCCCUUUGGCGGUAGAGUAUAACGAAUACAAGCACAUCAAAGCCAAGCUUAGGCUGAUAGAGGUUCUCAUCAGCAAAGGAGAUGCCUCGAAGUUCACCUAAAGAAAAUAAAACAUCAAAGACUGACAGAGGAAUGAAUGAGGCUCAGUCUCAAUAAGAGAUGAACCACACCAGCCCAUGGAAAGGAAAACAGAUACACCUCAUCAUCCCUCACAAUAUGUUUAUUUUUUUCUUGUGCCAUAGAUGCAUUUGGCUUCAGGAGAUGCCAACAUGUUGCCCCCUGAUUAAUCCCAACUGUAGAAGGGAAACGGUAUGGCUUAGUAACUGACCUGAGAGGUGUUGGAACUGACAUGUAGGUGCUGCCCCGGGGGCUACUCCAUCUUGUCUGUUGUUUCCCUCGUAUAGAAGAAGAACUGAUUAAUCCCAACUGUAGAAGGGAAACGGUAUGGCUUAGUUACUGACCUGAGAGGUGUUGGAACUGACAUGUAGGUGCUGCCCCGGAGGCUACUCCAUCUUGUCUGUUGUUUCCCUCGUAUAGAAGAAGAACCCCGGAACUCAAAAUGUCGGGCAUCUUUGAAUGACUACUAACCUAACGUAGCAGGCCUUAAAAGACGCCUGAGUAGAGUCCCCACAUUGUUUUUUCAGGGGAAGUGGAGGAAAAUACUGUAUCCCUGAACCAGAAACAUCCUAAUUUUCCUGACCCCGCAGAGAGUGGACCAAAACCAACCUUUUUUCAAAGGAAGAUUUUUAAAUUUUUUUUGGUGCAUCUUGAUAUUGAUUGAUACCAACAACUACCCUACAUCAAAUAGUCAUCACUAAUUUAAAGGAUACAUUUACAAAGAGUGUUGUAUUGAUUUAAUUUAUUUUUCUUCCUUUGAAUGUUUAUAUAGACUCAUAUAGUUCAUAUAGACUUUUAUAUUGGAUUUAAAAAAGUCUUAAUGUGGAGUGUAACAUUAGAUUUGGGAUUAUGUACUUUAAGGUAUUGCCAUUUUGAGAAACCAGAUUUUGUAAUCAGAAAAAUUAAAUGAGGGGAUUGUGUAUUUUUGUACGGGAGACAGACAGUUACAAUCUGCAUGCAAACAACCAAUCAGACAGCCAGUCUAGCAGAGUUAAGCCAAUGGAUGGAUUUUUUAAAUGUAACUCAUGAUUGGUGCCAUAUGCCACAUUCACGUGCAAGUCGGAACUAGGAAACUCUGACAUUUUCGACUUGAAAACUAGUUGAACGCUGCACAUGUAUAAAUACAACCAGUUAGGAAGUCAAACAUUUCCCACUUUCCUAGUUCCGACUCGCACGUGAACGUGGCAAUUAUCUCGACGUUAACCUAGGAAAAACACACUUGUCAUCAUCAAUGCUUAUAUUUGUUUGUUUCCAGAAAUUGUGUGUAUUUUUAGCAUACUAUGAGGAAAUGUCAGAGGAGCGUUAAUUUGUUUAAACUGAGAACUAGAAUGCAAAACAAAUAGUCUAUGUGUUAUUAUGAUCCAAAGAAAAUGACUGAUUGCAUACCAAAAUAGUGUAGUGGAUCAAUGUAUACAAUAUCAUUAAUUAUUGUGAUCAUGGUCAUCAGUCACUUAUGGAUUUGACUGCUUGUAUAUUAUUUUGCAUUUGUCGGUUUUCUUUUCCUAUUCACUUUGUGUGAAAAUAAGCUAUCCUGUCUUGAAAUCAGUGGUAUAUUUUUGCUCAAACUUUUCAACACCGACAAGGGCCAUUUUGUGUGGAACAUCCAUCCUUAAAGUCCCAAUAACUAUCAAAAUAGCUGCCAAUCCCCAACGCAGAGCCUUCAAUACUCAAUCAAGGCAUGCUGCUUUCUUUUUUUUAUGUAGGUAUUUUCAUAGCCUAUUUGUUCCUUGUAAAUAUGGAUCCAGAUCUAUGUUUACAUUGCUAAGUGAGCAAGUACAUUUUUCCUUUUUCUCCAAAAUGGAUCAUUUUAAUAGUGUGACUUUCGUUUUUAUUGAAUGUAAAACACUGGUGGACAUAAUGAAUUAUGGGUGUGUACAUUUUAGUACAUAAAUUGUAUAUAUAAUAUAAAACCAAACAUAUUUUUACUGAG